AUGGAACAGAAAGACAACGCAAACCCUAUCGUCUACCAGUCGAGCGCGAGCUCGACACAGCGACGCGCCGCCUCGAGUGCCAAUGCAGAGUGGUGGCGUGACCAUUCGAUCCACUCCUCGGCACAGUCGGCAGGUCGACCCACUCCUUCCAAUGGCAGCAGCAUCGCUGGCAUCGCUGGCAGCUCCUCUACCACCGCUGGCGCUAGCUCCAGCUCCAACCUCGCCACAUCAUUUGCUCGCGCAACUCGCUCCACCAUCGACCAAGACGAUGAGGACGAAGAGGAAGAGCACGACGACGACGUAGACAUGGCCGACAACCGCAACACCGUCUCGCCGCCCACAUCACCCGAGACUACGUCUGUCGCACACAACAACCGCACCGAGAUACCCGCUACUGUCUCGGACGAGCAGAUCGACAGCCAAGAGAUUUACGACCUCAUCCGCUCCAUCACCGACCCGGAACAUCCUCUCACGCUCGAACAGCUGGCUGUGGUCAACGCGUCCCAUAUUACCGUCUCCAAUGGCGACUUGGCGGCCAACAAACUGCCGCAUGUGCUGCUCGAGUUCACGCCGACCAUCCCACACUGCAGCAUGGCUACACUCAUCGGGCUUUCGCUCCGUGUGCGAUUGCUGCGUGCGCUGCCGGAUCGGUUCAAGGUGGAUAUCCGUGUUCGACCGGGAACGCAUCAGUCGGAGAAUGCGGUCAACAAGCAGCUCAACGAUAAGGAGAGGGUAGCUGCGGCCCUCGAGAACUCGCAUCUGUUCAAUGUGGUGCAGGGUUGCCUGGCGAGUGCGGGGAGGAGGGGCAAGAGCGCCGAUGAGAUUGCGGGCUACUUUAACAACCCGCCGACGGGUGAUGGUGCGGAUGAUCAGGAUUACCAGAGCAUCAGGAAGACGGUGGAUGAGAUCACGACGAGGAUGGGCAUCGCCGUUUGA